UAUUGGGUACACUUGCUCCAGUAUCCGUAGGACUGUUAUAUCCAUCUAUUGUUAAUAUUCAAAAUAAUUUACAUAGUUCCGAUGUCGAAACUAAUUCUUUAGAAAGUAUAUUUACGAUAUUUGUUGCAAUAGCUCCAUUAUUCUGGGCUGAAUUGAUGCGUGCUAUACAAGCAAUUGGAGCAUCAGCAGUUCAAAGCAUUGGUAUUAGAAGUGUAACUGAUUUAUUUGAAAAUGAAGAAAUAGAAAGUACAUUUGGAAUAUUCUAUG